GAGUGCUGCGCCCGGGGCGGGCCGGGCCGGGGCGGGCGCGGGCGCGGUGGACUAGGCGAUAGUGGGAUUCCGACAGACGGACCCGCACGACACGCAGCUAUCAGCCUCGGGCUCCGCGGUGGAAGAUGCACAGAGCAGAUUCACCAAAACCACCACUUGCUCCCAAGCCAAAAGUUACCACCAGUCCCUCCACGCCAGCAGCCAAGUUUCCCCCCUUACCCAGGCGUGACAGUUUCCCCAGUCCCAACUCCAUGUCCAGGGGCCCCAAACCCCCCAUUGCUCCUAAGCCCAGGCUGACUGGCCUCAGUGAGUAUGGUACGGGUGUGUACCUGAACAGCAGCCUCAGCAAAUGCAGCAAUGGGAGGCUGCUCUGCGAGGACCGGGGCCUAUGUGAUGGGCACCACUCCACCCUGAACUGUUCUGACUUGGAGACUGAUGGAGAGUACAGCAUGGUUCCCAGGGCUCUGCAGAGAGAAGAUGCUUCCAUGGAUGAGGCUACUGGGGAGCAGGGGUCCGAGGAGGAAGUCCAGGAGCGUGGUACAGAACAGAUGGGAACUGAAGGGGACGUCCUAGCUUCAGAUGAAGAGGCACCAAGCAGAGACGGUGAGGAAGGCAUGGGCCACGCCCUGGAAGGCGAGGAAGAUUGUGAUCACGAUCUAGAGACAGAUGGGACCCCAACAGCCCCAGAUGAAGGAGUACCAAGCAGAGAGAGUGAAGAAGGUGAGGGGGACUGCGACCAGGGCCCAGGCAUGGAGGAGCAACCUGUGAGUGAGAAGGAGGAGGAGGAGGAAGAGGAGGAGGAGGAGAUAAAGGAGCACCUGUACAACCUUGAUGACAGGGCAUGCUGGGAUGGAGAGGGUCCCUUCCACAGUGAGAUCAUUCUCACACAUGUGAGCUCUGAGUCCCCUGAUGUUCCCUGUUGGGAGCCAGGGACCACCCCUGAGACUCUUGGGGAGGUAGAAGAAGGUAGCGAAGAUGACUGUAACAACACAGAACCUGGGGACCCCAAUCAGGACACAGGUCAGAACACAGAGGAUGCCAGCGUGGGAUCCCCUGAGAACGAGGAGGUGCCCCAAGAUAUUCAGGAGCAAGAGGCCACAACUGACAGCCCUGAGGUCUUUGAGGAAGACUGUGAAGAUGCUGCAGAAGGUGGGGACCAGGUAGACCAGGAGGAGCCACCCAAUUGCCACGAGGAAGCCGAUAAUAGAGAAACCACAGCCGCCACCUUGGAGGUGGGAGACAGCCCUGGAGAUAAUGGAGACACUGUGCAGGAGGACCCUGUGAGGGAGGACCCUGCUGAGGAGAGCUGCCAGAUCAUUCCCUUCGAGAGUGACAGUGUGGAGGAGGAGUUCACACCCACUCUCACAGAAAGUCCCUAUGAACUCUUCCCAACGGAGAGCACCUCCUUCUGCAAUAACAGCUAUUCCCUUGAGGAGACAGCCAAGGGGCAGGAGGUCCUGCGUGAGACCUGCCCAGAAGAGGUUCUCAGUACCGACCCUUCACCUACCCAGCAUGUGUUCCUGCAGGAGGGAGCUGGAGAGGGCCCCCCUGUCCCGGAUGUGGUGGUUGUACCAGAGGCCGAAGAUGCCAUGGAUGACGAUGCGCUCAGCAGCCCCUACGUGAUGGGAGUAAGCUUGCUGGGCCAUGGAGAGGGAGCACAGUCAGACACCCAGGCUGCUUCAGGCACUCUGAGCGGGUACAGUACAUGGGAGGAAGGGGACUCUGAAGGGGGCCUGGUCCCGGGGGACAGGAAGAAUAUUGCCACUAGGGCCCGGCCCCACUCUGGGAAAAUGGCUGGCCAUGUUCCAGAAACUGUCCUAGAGGAAACAGGACCAGAAGCCUGUUUGUCAGCCAUGAGCAUCGGAGAGGCCAGUGAGGAGGUGAGAAAGAUGGGUGUGCUGCCAGAGGGGAGGCCCCCUGAGUCCGCCCGGGCCUUACCAGCCAAGCCCAGAGCAUUCACUCUGUACCCAAGGUCCUUCUCUGUAGAAGGCCGAGAGAGUCCCCUGUCCAUGUUCCGGGAGCCAGAGGGGGCCGGGCUGGACAUCCACCGUGUGAGGAGGAAAGAAGACAAUCUUUCUUUGCCAGGCGCCAUUGGCUCCUCUGGUAGCUUCUCACAGCGCAGCCACCUACCGUCCAGUGGCACCUCCACGCCAUCAUCUGUGGUUGACAUCCCACCCCCUUUCGAUCUGGCCUGCAUCACGAAGAGACCCAUCACUAAGAGCUCGCCCUCGCUCCUGAUAGAUGGAGACACCCUGGAAAAGGCCUCCAAGAAGAAGAAAUCCUCCUUCAAGCGCUUCCUGGAGCUGACGUUCAGGAAGAAGACAGAGAGCAAGGUGCACGUGGACAUGAGCCUGUCAUCUUCCCGGUCCUCCUCCGAGUCCAGCUACCACGGUCCAGCCAGGGUCCUGGAACUUGACCGCAGGAGCCUCAGCAAUUCACCCCAGCUCAAGUGUCGCACCGGAAAACUCCGAGCCUCUGACUCCCCGGCCUCUCUCAUCUUCUACAGGGACAGCAAGAGGAAAGGUGUCCCCUUCAGCAGGACAGUUUCUAGGGUGGAGUCCUUCGAAGACCGCUCCCGGCCACCCUUUCUGCCUCUGCCACUCACCAAGCCGAGGUCCAUUUCAUUCCCCAACGCUGACACUUCAGACUAUGAGAACAUUCCAGCCAUGAACUCGGAUUACGAGAACAUUCAGAUCCCUCCUCGGAGGCCGGCACGGGCCGGCACCUUCACAAAGCUGUUUGAAGAACAGAGCAGAGCCCUGUCCGCUGCAAAUGAAAACGACGGCUAUGUGGACAUGAGCAGCUUCAAUGCCUUCGAGAACAGGCAGCAGAGUUCAGAGCAGGAAGCCGAGAGCGCCUACACGGAGCCCUACAAGGUCUGUCCCAUCUCAGCGGCCCCCAGAGAGGACCUCACAUCCGAGGAAGAACAGGGCAGCUCAGAGGAGGAAGACAGCGCUUCGCGAGAUCCCAGCCUCACACACAAGGUUGAAGGACAGUCCAGAGCCCUUGUCAUCGCUCAGGAGCUGCUGUCUUCAGAGAAAGCGUACGUACAGAUGCUGCAGCACUUAAGCCUGGAUUUCCAUGGAGCUGUCCUGAGGGCCUUGGAGAACAUAGAGCAAGAGGGCAGAGAGCCACUGGCCCAGGAGGAGCUGCGGCAGGGCCUGCGGGAGCUCCCAGCUAUCUGUGACCUUCACCAGGGCAUCCUGGAGAACCUGGAGCAGAGGCUGGGGGAUUGUGGGGAGAGCCAGCAGCAGGUGGCUGACAUCUUUCUGGCCCAUGAGCAGGAGUUUGAACAUCACGCCACACACAUCCUGCAGUUCGACAAGUUCCUGGGGCUGCUUGCUGAGAGCUGCCUGCUCUCACCCCGGCUGGCCACCACCGUCCGGGAAUUUGAGCAGAGUUCGCAAGGGAGUGGCCAGAGCGUGAAGCAUCGUAUGCUGCGCGUAGUCCAGCGCCUCUUCCAGUACCAGGUGUUGCUCACUGACUAUUUAAACAACCUGUGCCCAGACUCAGCCGAGUAUGACAACACUCAGAGCGCUCUGACUCUCAUCUCCAAAGUGACAGACCGUGCCAACGAAAGCAUGGAGCAAGGGGAAAACCUGCAGAAGCUGGUCCACAUUGAGUAUAGUGUGCGGGGCCAAGGGGACCUCCUCCAGCCAGGAAGGGAGUUCCUGAAGGAAGGGACACUGAUGAGAGUGAGAGGGAAAAGCCGACACCCCCGGCACCUGUUCCUGAUGAACGACACGCUCCUCUACACACAUCCCCAGAAGGAUGGGAAAUACCGUCUGAAGAGCUCAUUGCCAGUGGCCAACAUGAAGGUCAGCCGCCCUGUGAUGGACAAAGUGCCCUAUGCUCUGAAGAUCGAAACUCCCGAGUCCUGCCUGAUGCUGUCUGCAAGCUCCUGUGCCGAGAGGGACGAAUGGCACUACUGUCUGACCAGAGCCCUCCCAGAGGACUACAAGACCCAGGCCCUGGCUGCCUUCCACCACAGUGUGGAGAUCCGGGAGAGGCUGGGCAUCAGCCUCGGGGAGAGACUCCCAACCCUGGUGCCAGUCACACAUACCAUGAUGUGCAUGAACUGCGGCUGCGACUUCUCGCUCACUGUGAGACGCCACCACUGCCAUGCCUGUGGCAAGAUUGUGUGCCGGAACUGCUCUCGAAACAAGUACCCACUGAAGUGCCUCAAGAACCGCAUGGCCAAGGUCUGUGAUGGCUGCUUCCGGGAGCUGAAGCUGAGGAAUGGGCCUGUCCAGGGCCCCAUGAGAGAGCGUCCGGUCAGCAUGAGCUUCCCGCUGUCCCCAUCCCGCUUCUCCACGGGCAGCUCCUUCUCCUCCGUCUUCCACAGCAUUAGCCCUUCAACUUUCAAGAAGCAGAAGAAAGUCCCUUCGGCCCUGACCGAGGUGGCGGCGUCAGGAGAGGGCUCUGCCAUCAGCGGCUACUUGAGCCGCUGUAAGAGCGGUAAGCGGCGCUGGAAGAAACUCUGGCUUGUCAUCAAGGGCAAAGUACUCUACACCUACCUGGCCAGUGAGGACAAAGUGGCCAUGGAGAGCAUACCUCUGCUGGGUUUUACUAUUGCCCCAGAAAAGGAGGAAGGCAGCAGUGAAGCAGGACCUGUUUUUCAUCUUUAUCACAAGAAAACCCUGUUUUAUAGCUUCAAAGCAGAGGACAGCAAUUCUGCUCAGAGGUGGAUAGAGGCCAUGGAAGAUGCCAGUGUGUUAUAGCAGUCACCAAGCUCAUGGACUUACAACAAACUCCUACAUUAACAUGUGAACCCUUCCAGAAGCUACUCCUGGUCUCAGCUCAUCUGGAUGCACGUGUGGGUUCUGCAUGGGGCUUGACUUUUUCCCUCACAGGUGGAACCCUAAGGGAUAUUUAUGAACCUCUUCUUUUCUGCCUCCGUGUUUCCCAACCCCCAUCACAAACUGUACCCUUAUCUAAAAGUGAGUUAAAACGUAGUACCUUGAAGACAUGAAAGCCAAUAGAAAAGGGCAUUUAGCAACUCGGGCUUUUUAGUAGGAAUUGGCUUUUUCUGGUUUUACUCCUGGUGAAUAGGACCACUUCCACUUUAUGUAAUGUCCAGAUGGUGCCUCAGGUGAUUUGGGAACCAGCCAGAAAGUAACAGCUGCCCAUCGAAGCACUUUACCAUCCUGCUGAGCUGCAGCCACCAGCACUGUGUCUGGACUUGCUGCAGACCGGGCCAUGGACUCACUUGCUGUGGAAAGUGACUCCUGCAGCCUUGCUGUGGCAUUCCAGGCUAAGGAGGGAGGG